AAAUCGACAUUGAGUGCUUGCUUACACGUCAAAUGAUUUGCUAUUGCUGGUUUUUACGAUAAAAUGUUCUUUAUUUAUCGCUAAAAGUGAUUGAAUAAAUAAUUUGGAAGUGUAGAUAAUAAAAAUAAAAACAUUGGGAACAGUUGAUGCGCACACACAAUACAAAAUCAUUACUUAGAAGUAACAACUAAUGCAUUAAAAUAGGCUAAGCUUAUCAGAAAAUGGGUGGUCUAUUCAGUUACUUCAGAGGGUUGCUAGGGGCGCGAGAAAUGAGGAUUUUGAUCCUCGGGUUGGACGGCGCCGGGAAGACUACGAUAUUGUACAAACUGCAGGUCGGGGAGGUGGUGACCACGAUACCUACCAUCGGCUUUAACGUAGAACAAGUCACAUAUAAGAACUUAAAGUUCCAAGUGUGGGAUCUUGGAGGACAGACCAGUAUUAGGCCUUACUGGCGAUGUUAUUAUGGGAACACAGAUGCAAUAAUAUAUGUAGUAGACUCAGCAGAUAGAGAUCGAAUAGGAAUAUCUAAAGAUGAAUUGGUACACAUGUUGAGGGAGGAAGAGCUAGCCAAUGCAAUACUAGUAGUCCUAGCAAACAAGCAGGACAUGGCAGGAUGCCUCACAGUGGCCGAGGUGCACCAAGCGCUGGGCCUUGACGCCCUGCGCGACCGUACCUUCCAGAUCUUCAAGACUUCGGCCGUGCGCGGCGAGGGGCUGGAUCAAGCGAUGGACUGGCUCUCCAACGCGCUACAGGCUAGGAAAUAACACCUGAAGGAUGCUUGUAACUGAAGUGGCCACGUGAUACAAGAGGGCUUGAUGUGUGCGUGCGCGAUGGAGAGAAUAAGAUAGUCACAUGUAACGCCAUUAGUUUUAGCAUUCUACGUCGUCGCCGAUUCAAUACACACACACGCGUUUGGCUCCUAAUAUUGGAAGAUAUCAGCAUUUUCUGAGGCAUUCCAGCUGAUUGUAGCAAGUUUUAUCUUAUUUACUUGGGUAAUUUGAAAAUUGUAUGUGGCAACACACAAUUAUCUGUCAUUGGGACAAACCUCAAAGUCUAAUUAAUAUAUUCUAUUUUUGGUUGAUGGCAAGCGAUUCGUAAACCUCGAAAGUCAAAAUCAUGAAAGGUAAACGGCCGUUGGCCAUAAUUUUUAGUUAGAAACAAUUUUCUGUUAGGAAUAUUGAAAGUAAUUAAUAUUUCUUUAGAUCAUUAAUUUUAUUGCUCUGGCAACAAAUCCGAAAACAGAAAAAUUCAUACUUACAUAAAUAAACUGGGCACACUGUAUGUUCAUACGAGAAUUGAGGCACAACCUGCAUUUAUUGAAUGCUUAGUUGUAAUGGCGUGUGACAAGAUGUAGCUUAUUGUACGGUGUUGUAGCUUGAAGAUAUUGUCGAAUGCGUACUAUUGCCCAAACGUUUCUUAGAAAAUUAUAACGAUGUUUUUCAAGGGCGCGGUCCCAUUGCGAUCUUACGUGACAGUCAGUAACUGCGACCAACGUCGUUGAAAACCGACUGAAAGCUGGAAUAUAAAGAACUGUUAGAUAGUUCCCGAUGGGACCGCGCCCUUGAAUUCCAAAAAGUUUUCGGUAAGUGGACACCAGUCCUACUUUAUUCCAUGAAUGUCGAAAAUCAAUGCAAGUACCUAACGGUUAUAGAGGCGACGGCGAAUUUUAUGUAAAAACAAAUUGAUUUGUAGCGGGUCGUGCGUGCGGCGACGGGUGUACCUAUACAUAAGUUAUUAUUAAUUAAUUACUAUUAAUUAUUAUAUAUUUUGUAUCAGUGACGUUCACCAAGCUAUAAUUUAUAUUACUAUGCGGUAAGAGAGAAAGAUUGUUCCAAAUACAAUAUCAUGUAUUAUUA